GACAUCAGUACUAGCAGUGCAGUCAGUGAGCCCACAGACUCGUCUGCGCAGCUCAGAGAUGGCGUCCCUUCUUCAGCCAGAUAGAGUUGUCUAUCUGGUUCGUGGAGAGAAAAGGAUCAGAGCCCCAUUAUCCCAACUUUAUUUCUGUCGUUACUGUAGUGAGCUACGGUCUCUGGAAUGUGUGUCUCACGAGGUGGACUCCCACUAUUGUCCAAGCUGUCUGGAGAACAUGCCAUCUGCAGAGGCCAAGCUUAAAAAGAACAGGUGUGCAAAUUGUUUUGACUGCCCAUGUUGCAUGCACACACUAUCUACCCGAGCCACCAACAUCCCAGCUCCUCUGCCUGAUGAUCCUACCAAGACGGCCAUGAAGAAGGCUUACUACCUGGCCUGCGGCUUCUGCCGCUGGACCUCCAGGGACGUGGGAAUGGCUGACAAAUCAGUUGCCAGCGGUGGAUGGCAGGAGCCAGAGAACCCUCAUACUCAGCGGAUCAACAAGCUGAUCGAGUAUUACCAGCAGCUGGCACACAGAGAGAAGCAGGAUAGAGAUAGGAAGAAGCUGGCCCGGAGACGACAGUGCAUGCCCCUGGCGUUCUCGCAACACACUAUUCAUGUGGUGGAAAAAUAUGGCCUUGGAACCAGACUGCAGAGGCAGAGGUCUGGAGCUCCCAUAUCAAGCCUGUCCGGCCUUUCCCUUAAAGAGGGUGAGGACCAGAAGGAGAUCUCCAUCGAACCUGCCCAGGGACUUGAUGAAGUGGAACCCCUGCCUGAAGAUUGUUAUACCAGGCCCAUCAGCUUACCAGAGGUGACCACGCUGCGCCAGCGGCUUCUGCAGCCUGAUUUCCAGCCUGCAGGAGCGUCUCAGCUCCACCCCAGACACAAGCACCUCCUGAUGAAGCGCUCGCUGCGCUGCAGGAAAUGUGAGCACAACUUGAGCAAGCCAGAGUUUAAUCCUACUUCAAUCAAGUUUAAAAUCCAGCUGGUGGCUGUGAGUUACAUCCCUGAAGUGAGAAUUAUGUCCAUUCCAAACCUCCGGACCAUGAAGGAGAGCCAAGUGCUGCUGACCCUGACCAACCCCGUGGAGAACAUCACCCACGUCACAUUGGCUGCUUGUGAGGACGAAGAUGCUGAUGACAUCAACAGCACUGCUACGGUUAUGGUGCCCAGGAAACAACUGGUCUUGGCAGGAAAGGAUGCUGCUGCUGAGUACGAUGAGCUGGCUGAACCUCAGGACUUCCAGGAUGACCCAGAUGUUGUUGCCUUCAGGAAAUCCAACAAGAUUGGUUUCUUCAUCAAAGUGAUCCCUCAGAAAGAAGAGGAUGCAGACGUCACCGUUUCAUUUAAGAUCCGACACGACUUCCGUAACCUCGCGGCUCCCUUAAAGCAGAGCGAAGACGGACCCGAAACCCCCGCCGAGGCCAUUUGGCUCACGCACCAUGUAGAGCUGAGGCUGGGACCGCUCGCUCCCUGAACAUGAAUACUUCUACUAUCACACAGUCCUAGUGUUGGGUUCUUUGAACUAAUUUCUUUAAACUGUGGGGUGAAUUUAAUUGAAUGAUUUCUGAUUCUGCUUAUUGGUGUAGGAGAUAUUUGUGAUCUAUUUGGCAUUCAGUUGUUUCUUAGUUUUAGCUCAAGGUGCAUCAACAGACACUUUAUGCAACAUACAGUGAUUGCACGAUGGUUUAUAAAACUACAUGAAACUAUUACCGACUGCAGACUGAUAAGAGCUUCAGGUUUAACUUGACUUUCUGGUUUUUGUUUUGUUUUGUUUGCCAAUAACAUGAUGGUAUACUGUGUCUCACCACAUCAUUCUCCUCAGCUUAAACACUAUACUUUCAGUAAAAAGCCCGUAUAGUGUGAGGUUACCUACAGGAAACGGAACCUUAUAUUUACAAUACAUCUCUUAUUAAAAAUGUUUAUGCAUUGUUUAAAAAAUCCACUUAUUUGCUUGAAUGUGGGGAGAAAAGAAAGAUUAAUCUUUGUGCUUCAUGCAGUAUUUUCUUAAAUGGCAAAGCACCUACAAAGUACGUUUUGUUGUAUUUAAUGUAUCAGCUCUGGAUUUUCUUAACAUAACAACAUAAAGUAUGUGAAAAACAGCUGUUUAUGUUGAAAGACGAGUGAGUGGUUAUACGUUAAUAUAACAACAUGGAGAGAGAAAGUGAGGGAUGAGCAGAAUCAGAAAUCAUAACUGAGAACAAUCCGAACAAUUCCCACACAUGCAGCACACUCCGCUACGCUUUCAGCUUAUGUAUCCUCGGCAACAUCCUUUUUCCGCAGACAGCAAUAUCGUAUUAACUUGCAUGCUUCAACUAUAGUGAAUAUCGCACACGCUAGACAAUGUCAUCACUGAUCCUGUACUGUUUUCUUAUCGGAAAGGUUUUGCUUUGGUUGAAGGUGAAACCUGCCCAUAAUUUGACUCGUCUGAAGUCAAACAGUCACCUUCACUGGCACUAAGGAGAGGAUGAAGCUCUAAUUUACAUUAAGUGUUCAUUAUUUAAAUGUACUGAGACACUAUCAUUUUUUGGUUUGUAGAAUUUAUUGACCUCUGCCAGUGUAUAAGUAAGUAAGCUGCUGUCAUAUUUGGUCUCAAGUGUGUUAGUAGAACAGAGCCUCACAACACAGUUAAUCUUCUGUACCGGCUAAUAAAAUAAUGUGAUACUGUAA